GCUGAGGCGGGCAGGGAAGGAGGCAGGGAGGGGGAAGAUGGCGGCGGCGGGGCGCGGGCUGCUGGCGGCGGGGCUGUUCCGCGGGCGGGUCGCCAUCGUCACCGGCGGCGGCACCGGCAUCGGCAAGGCCAUCGCCGCCGACCUGCUGUCGCUAGGUUGCAGUGUUGUUAUUGCCUCUCGUAAAUUCGACCGAUUAAAAGCUGCUGCAGAAGAGCUGAAUAAUAGAUUUGCUUCCAUGAGUCCUGCCCAAGUGACUCCCAUACAGUGCAAUAUCCGCAAAGAAGAAGAGGUAGAAGCUUUGGUGAGGUCUACACUGAGUCUGCAUGGGAAGAUUGACUUCCUGGUGAAUAAUGGAGGGGGCCAAUUUGCAAGUCCUUCUGAAGCCAUCCGUGCAAAAGGCUGGAAUGCCGUGAUAGACACAAAUCUGACAGGGACCUUCUAUUGUUGCAAAGCAGUGUACAAUGCCUGGAUGCAGGAACAUGGAGGAGCCAUUGUCAACAUUACUGCUGCCGUGAGAAAUGGCUUUCCUGGAAUGUCGCACACAGGAGCUGCAAGAGCUGCAGUGAAUAACCUAACCAAGACUUUAGCUUUAGAAUGGGCUCACAGUGGAGUGAGAAUCAACAGCGUUGCUCCUGGACUGGUAUUUUCGGAAACUGCUGUUGCAAACUAUGGAGAACAAGGUGUAAUGAUGUGGUUAAAGAGCAUACCAAAGGUUCCUGCCAAGAGGUCAGCUGUUCCUGAGGAGAUCUCUCCUGCAGUAUGUUUCCUGCUGUCUCCAGCUGCAUCAUUCAUAACUGGGAUAACCAUGGUUGUGGAUGGUGGCCAGAGUCUGUACAGCAAUACCCUAGAAAUACCCGAUCAUGACAGAUGGCCCUCACCACCAGAAGGAAAAAAUUCAGAAAUGCUGAAAAAGCUUCUUUCUGGCGAGUUCAAACCAAAGCUGUAAAAUGAAGAUAUUUUACCUUGUUCCCAGUUGCAGCCUUGCUGAUAAUGUCACUUUGUGAUUUAGCCUUAUUAUUCUCAGUAAUUUUUUUUUUUUCCUCAUAUGUAACUGCAUUAAGUGCCUUGAUUUUUUUGUUGGUUUAUAUUUAAAACUUUUGAAAGGCUUUACAUUGUACGUCUCUGUAAACACUCACCCUGAAAACAUUCAAUCUUUUGGGAAGGGAAAAGAUCAAAAAGACAAACUAUCCAUUUGCAUGGGUAUCAAGUAAUGAAGAAUCCCAGAUCCCAGCCAGAAGUGAAUAAAAGGAAUACUGAUUUUGCAAUGAAGGUAGCCAAGAGGGAAUGUUUAGGAAUCCUUCUGUUCUUGAUGAAUUUGCGGAGAAGGUAAUUUAAAUCUUUUUCUAUUAGUUGCAUCAGUAGCCCUUGGGUAAGUGUUAGUUGUAUUUCUGUUCACCCACAUACUGAGUGUUCAACAAUGGUUUUAAAGACCAAGUAGUGUAAGUAUUUAUCUGAAAAUAAAUAAAAAUAAGAUGGUAUACUGUUAUUAAUGUUUCAGACAAAUAUGGCAUAUCAUAUUUGGAGCGUUUUGAAUUGUUUGCAGAUAUAAUGACAUAAUGGUGUUAAGCUGGCUGCAACUUGAUAACAGAAUAAGCAGACAAUAAAUACAGUGAUAGAAACAGUAUAGAUUCAACAAUUUAGCAUGUAAAAUCUGUGGUGUAUAUUGUAGUGCUCUCUGCAGUAUGCUACACUAGUAAAUGAGAACUUUGGAAUUCUUCAUCUGCCAGCUAAAACACCUUUUAUCCAUACUGUGUUGUCUUACAAUGUUAAUUUUGUUCAUUACUGCCUUUAGAUGUGAUUUUUGUGAACAAUGAAGAGAUGCCAUUUAGAAACUGGAAAUCUUGUAAUACAUCCCUUGAAGAAGCUAUAUUUGUAAAUUUUUCAUUCAUUUUAAGGCAAAUGUUCCCAUGUCUGCUAACUUUAGUGAAAAUAUAAAAAAUAUUAAAGACUGUGUUUGUUUGCUAUAAAAACUGAAAUUCCUGGAAUCUAGUUGCUGCUAUAGAAAGGAACUUUAAAUACUUCAUUUUGGACUGAAUGUAGGAGUCUGAUGGAUGUUUGAUUUUUGUGUCUUUCAUUAAAAUACGUGUCCUCAUAUAGGUACAUGUAGAUUGCUUUUUCAUGAAAACGAAAUGAAUGCCAGUUCUGGGGGGAGAGGAGGAAUUUGAGCACACAACCAAGUGUGUUCUUUCUGCUUUAUGCUCUUUCCUUAGUAACUGGACAGUCAUUUAUGUGACUGUGAGAAAUUAGUACAGAGAUAAAGCUAAUUUUUUCACACCUCUUGUGUAAGGUAUCUUUUGUUUAUUGAAAAUAUUAGUUUAAGGUGCUCAGCAAGAGGAUUCCUGGAAGCAAAUGCACCUGUUAGAUAACUAACUCUAGAAGUCUAGCCCAUUGCAUUCAAGUGAAAUUAUUCCGUUUAUUAACACAUUCUUUCAACAUUCUUAACAUCUUUCUGGAAAAGAAGGUUAAACAUGAAUAAAACAUGACUUGUGGAACUUACUUGAUGUUUGACUGUGAGUUUCUACGGUACAUGUGCAGUGUGGAUUUAAAGUGAAGUGGAAGUGAAUUGAUGACUUCUGUUAUAUCCCCCGAAUGUUCACUGAAAGAUUAUGUAAAAAAGAAAAGAUUUCCAAGUACAAACUUGGAGACCAUAAAUUUUUAAUCUUGCAGAUUUCCUCUUUACUGUGCUAUAGUGUGAAUAUUCAUAAAGAGGGGAAUUUUAUAUGUAAUGAUGGUGAAAUUCAUCAUUAACCUCAGGAACUUACGAGAACAUUAGAAAGGUGAGCAUUCUCCCAUGUGGGAGACAGGUUCAGUCUGCAAGUAAUAAAUUCCUUCACAUGUAAAACUAUAACAAACCUUUCUGCUUGUGCUGAAUAUAGUUUGACCUUGCCUUCUUCAAAUUUCAGCAAAGCAAUGGAUGUACUAAGAUGUUAGUUCUUUAGAAGAGGGUGUGUGCUUUUUUUUUUUUUUUAAACUGGCAGGAGGUUGAAGCAGGCAGCAUUCAUGGAGCUGUAAUGUGCUCAGCUUAGUGCAAUAGGAGAAUAUACUCAGAAUACUCUAAGGGUAAAUCUGGUUUAAAAAUAGAGAAAAUACAUCCUCAGAAGGAGAAGGGGAAAUAUCAGUGUUGUCUGCUUUUCUUUGCUUUUUCUUUUUUUUCCCUCAGUAAUAAUACAAAGGUUCCCCCAUGAGUUGAGGAUUACUGUACAUAAUAUUGAAAUGUUUAUCACAAUUUUUUAGAUAUUAGGAUAGUAACUCCCUUGCUGUAAUGUAAAAAAUAAUCACAGCCUUUCUUUUUUUUUAUUUGGAUUUUUGUUUUGUUUUUAUUUGUAUUUCAUAGGGGUUUUUGUUUUUCUGUUUUUUAUCUUGCACCAUGGAUUACAUGAAGUGUUUAAUUCUCAGAACAGAGCUUUUAUUUUGGUCUUGGCUCUUUGGUCCAUUUUUAUGUAGAUAUAAAAUUAUUUUGAAAGUUUUGCAGCACAUUGCAGAAACCCAGUAUUGUGUCAGCUGGCAGCAAGAAUGUUUCAGGUGUCUGCUGUAGUGCUGCAGAUAAUAUCAACGGUAGUAAAGCUCUUCCUAUGCCAACAACCCAUGAUCAAAGGACAUUGAGAGGUUAAAAGAAAUGGGUGUGGUAGCAAAAACAUCCUUGACCUUAUGAUUGGGGUAUCUGGAGUUCAGAGAACAGAGAAUUUGAUUUAUUUUACAAGGAAGGUAAAAGCAACUGUGAGAAAAGGGCUAAGGAACCUCAUGAAGAAUCAGAGAUUUACUGACCAAACACUGAACCUUAAACAUUUACUGCACUGUAUAAUUGUAAUAAGCAAAGAGAAGACUAUUAGAAUGACAGUUACAUUUACCAUUCUGUUAGAAAAGCUCUUUUUGGUUGCUUUAGUGUUUACACCUGGCUAAGCCUUGCCUAUUCUGCCUAAUUCUUAUCAGAUAUUCAUUUGAUGGAUGAAUAGGUGCUUACCAACUGUUACUGUCUGGUGUUAUAUCUGAAUAUGUGUCAUAGAACUUUACAUUUGUGACAGCAGUGUAAUUCAAUGAAGGAGAACUUCUGUAAAUAUCUGUCAACUGCACUGGUGUUAUGUUUUACAGAUUUCUCUUUGUGUUAAGCAGAAUUUUGUUCAUUCAGGGUAUUUAUUUAACAUAAGGGGAAGUCUGAUUAUUCUGUGGGUUUACUUUAGUGUAAAAUGAAGUCUGUGUUGUAGAAAUCUUCAUUUUUAAAGACUAACAGUUGUUAUGUUUGCUAAAAGGAGAACAGUCUGUGCAGUGUCAUUCUGCAGUAAGGUCCCUUGUCUGCUUUAAGAUGUAAAUGAACAAAUAUGAGGCAACCAUUGCUUGUUAUAAGCAUUUAUGGCUGUGUUUAGUCUUCUGAGCAGUCACACAAAAUAUCCCAUAUAAUCUUUAAGAAAGUGUGCUCUUUGCAAGAUAGUAUAAUUACAUAUACUUCUAAUGAGCAUCUCCAAGUUUCCCCUUGGCAUCUCAAAUAGCAACCUUGUGUUAAAUGGCUGAGUGCUGCAGGUGUUAGGGGAGUUGUCUUAUUAGUAAAGGCAACAGUGUCUGUAUUCUGCAUUACUGAAUACAGCCAAGACUUACAGGUAAAUGAGUUACUUCAUAAACUUCACUGGUGGGGUUGGAGCAGACAAACCUAUCAGGACUACUGCCCAACAUCACUUAGUGUAUAUAACAUUUUUAUGAAUCUCCCAGCAGUGGUUUAGGACUCUCCUCCCCAAGAUACCUGCUCUCCCUUUCUUUUCACACCAACCUUACAGUGGUAGUGCAUUUGUAUUGGGUAGAAGUACUAAGAUGCAGGCACUUGUUUCCUUCUGUCAUGGGAAGGCAGAAGAGCAUAGCAGACAAAGGUUUGAAAUAAUACUGCUGUUUGCUCAAUGCAUGUGAGCUGGUUUUAAGUUUAUAAACAGACUGUUGGUCCUCCUACUGAUGAGGAAAGAUUCUGGAUCAUGUUAUAACAUCCUGGCAUCACACGCUUUACCCUACUGCAGUUCCUAGAAGAAGCCAUUUUGACUUCUGUUACCUGCUCUGUCUCCAGCAGCUUGUUCCUUUGUCAGUUAACCCCUCCUUUGUUAAAAUAUAUACUAA